CCACUUUCAAAGAGCUCGGGUGCUGCUGGGAUGAGCAGCUUGCAGCAUUUGGGGUUUGAGCCAUCAGAGGCUUGCUCACCACCACAGCCCUACCAUGCCAGGAGGGGAGCCCGGCCACGGACACGGGCGAGAGAGGAGAACCACCUUUUAACUCAUUAAUGCUUAGUGCAGCUGAGAAGGGAAAAGGGGAGGAGAAGAAAUGAGCCUGAUGGAGGGGGUAAUAUAGAGAGUGCAGAAGAGUAAGAGAUUAAAUUUGACAGAAUGUGGGUGAUAAAGGACUAACCUGCCAUGCAGAGUAGCAGAAAAAAAAAGAAAGACAGUGACUGAAAUUAUCCUCUGCUGCUCUAGAUUAGAGUAGCGCUAGAAAGAAGAGGCUGGAGUGUGGAAAAGAAAGGAAGAGAAAUGAUGGAACAUUGAUGGAAAGAAAACGCUCACACAAUGUCUGCAUCUAUGCUGGCAUGCUUGCUGCUCCUGAUGCUAUGUGCAGUGUCUGUGCUGGCUAUCUGUCCCCUGAGGUGUUCCUGUGGCAGGGGACAUCGAGUAGUGGACUGCUCUGGCCAAGGCCUCGUACUGCUACCAAACAGCCUGCAGCACAACAUUAAUUUCCUCAACUUGUCCCACAACCGGCUACAAGACCUAGAUGGAGCUCUCAGCCACUUCGCCCACUUAAGAACUCUGGAUAUCUCACACAACCAUCUCGACCACCUUCCGGUUGGCCUGCCGCGAGCACUGUGGGACAUCCAUGCAUCGGCUAAUCGCAUUCGUCACCUUGAGAAAAAUGACACUGCGUUCCACUGGAACCUGCAGUCCUUAGACUUAUCAAACAAUCAGUUAGAACGUGUGGUUUUCAUUAACAACACACUACCCAGUCUACAAGUACUCAACCUAAGCCACAACAAGUUCUGGACUGUUCCAACCAACAUGCCCAACAAUCUGGAAGUGGUGGACCUGUCCCACAACUUUCUGCUACAGAUACUGCCUGGCUCACUAGACCGCCUUCCCAGACUGUCUCAGUUUUAUUUGCAUGCUAAUCGCUUUGCUUUAGUGAGUGAGGGUGUAUUCAAUCGGCUGGAAGCAUUGCAACUCCUUACACUUGGAGAUAACCCCUGGGCCUGUGAGGAUGAGGAAAAUAUCACGCAUCUACUAAACUGGGUACAACAGACCCCGGCAAAGGUGCUGGGCUGCCCUUGCUACAUCAGGCCUACGUGUGGGGAAGCCCACCUGUCCACCGCCAGAACCCGGCACUCGGCUUCAUACACUGAAACGCCAUUGGGUGCUGACACACGAGAUCAACCACAUGUGCAUGCGGUCACUUCGGGAUACCUCUCCAAAUCAGCAUCGCUCAACUUUCCAUACAAUUGGAGUACUGAAAAUACCUCUGGAGAAUCUGAGCAGGCAAAGACCAAGGGUGUGGGACUUCUCACGUCCACACUGUACAGUCUCUCAACUCAGACAAGCACACCAAUCCGUACACGGAGCACCAAAAAGGUAUUGCCUGGUAAAGCUCGCAGCACAAGCAUCCAAAUCCAUCCCUGCAAACACCAUACUGUCGCAUUAAACCUUUUGGGCACAGCAAUCAUCCUCAGUAACUUCUGAUUUUGCAUCAAGCUCGAAUAAUUCCUGGCCAAGAAUCUGCAGUUGGUCUUGAUGUAAAACUUAUUGAUGUAAGGAACGGUCAAAAGGUUCUUAUCUUCUUGGCUUUUAACUACACAGUUUGAUUGCUCCUGACCCUAUGGGUAAUGUCUAUGGUAUGUGUGUGUUUGUCUGGGGAAAACCUUUUCAUGCUGUGGCUGAAUUCUUUCAAACAACUGAAAAUUAAGGAGGAAGAGGAAAAAAAAGAAUUGCCAAAAACAGGGGUUUCUGCUAGAUACAAAUAAGAAUAUUCAUGAUUAUAUCAACAUAAUUGUGGUGAAAUAUUCUUAAGUGGAAAUGUUUGCCUUGCCUAGGCUAUCCUUCAAAAAGUUCCCUCUUACACACUGAAUGUCAGACUUUUUUAAAGCAUUUACAAAACAAAAACCUUAUGAAAGUGAAAAAACUGACUAACUGGUUACCCCCAAAUGUCACAAAAGGUAAAAAAAAACAAACAAAAAAAAAAACUCACUGUGUAGUGAGAAAGUAAUUUUUACAUAUCCCCCUUUUGACCAUUGUGACCAGAUGUGAAAAUGUGGUUGAGAUUCAGUCAAAAGAACAACAGUUCAAGGAAAGGCUGUAGUUCUCAGAUCUAUGCAUGGGAGAAAAUGUCUAAAUGGAAAUAGGUGAAGGGGUUUUCCUGGACACCACACAGUCACUGUCUGCUUUAAACAAACUUAUCAGAAUUCUCUAGGCAUUAUGUGUCAUGCAUAGUUAUCUUGCAAACUUAUAGAAAUGCAUACAAAUGACUUAAAACCAUAGUGUGGAAAAAAGAUCUCUCCUGUAUUAUGCUCGUCCAUAGAAACAGUAUAAAAUUGUAUUUUACACGUCAUACCAAGAAAAAUAUAGCAAGAGACACUUUACUCAAAUGAAAAAUAAAGUCUAUCAUGCAAACAGAUGUUAUUAUAAAUGAUUGCUGCAUGUGAUGUGCUUGCUUCAUCUCUAAACAGACGUGAUUGAUAUGUCUCAGCAGUUUUUGAAUCAUCGACUAGGUGGAACUUCACUGAGUUAAAGCUGUCUAGACAUUUUCUCUUAGUGCUUCUACUACAUUAAGGCACUCUGGUGAGAGCUUUCCAAACUCACCACAGCAUCAUAAAGAUCACAAAACAUUUAGCACUAGGUGAUGAUGCUGUAAGAACUGAGCAACGCUUGCUUAAAAGAUGCUAAUCUUCCACAACAAAAAAAGAAAUAA